AUGUGCACAGGGAAGUGUUCAAAGUGCAUUGGGAUCACCCUGUUCCCACUGGCGGCAUGUGCCAUAGUCUCCAACAUCCUCCUGUACUUCCCCAAUGGACAAGUUCUGCAGCUCAGCAAGAUAACUGAUCUGGUCUGGUUUUUCCAUGGCAUUCUGGGAGCUGGGAUACUGGUUAUUUUGCCGGCAUUCAUGAUGCUGGGAGCAGGUGGAGCAGGAUGUUGCGCUAACAGAUGUGGGAUGCUGCUGUCAGUGGUCCUGGCUGUGCUGGGAUUCGCUGGAGGAGCGUAUUGUGUGGUCAUCUCCUCACUGGGGCUGAUUGGGGGCCCUCUGUGUGACACAGGUGAUGGAGAAUACCUCUACCCUUUCAGGAACGACACUCUGGAAGACAGUUAUUUGUUCAACCAGACAACAUGGAGCAUUUGCAGAGAACCUGAAAACAUAAUCCUUUGGAAUAUUGUCCUUUUCUCUAUUCUUCUGGUCAUUGGUGUGAUUGAAGCUAUUCUUUGUUUUAUUCAAGUCGUCAAUGGACUUACCGGCUUUAUAUGUGGCACAUGUAUGAGGAAAAGAAAGACAAAUAUUUCUGGAAUGUGA